UACUAUUCAUAACAAGGUCAUCAACGGUUGUGUAAACAGCUCCUCAAAAUGUGGGUCUUAUAUCUACCGGCAGUGCUAUCAGUGUUAAUCGUUACCCUUUAUUUAUAUUUUACAAGAACAUUUAACUAUUGGAAGAAACGAAAUGUUCGUGGGCCGGAACCAACUGUAUUCUUCGGGAACUUGAAGGAUUCAACCCUUCGCAAGAAAAAUAUAGGAAUAGUGAUGGAAGAAAUUUACAACCAGUUUCCGGAUGAAAAGGUGGUUGGAAUGUAUAGAAUGACCACACCCUGCCUACUGGUACGUGAUCUGGAUGUGAUUAAACAUAUUAUGAUUAAAGACUUUGAAGCGUUCCGUGAUCGCGGUGUGGAAUUUAGCAAAGAAGGAUUGGGACAAAACUUGUUCCAUGCUGAUGGAGAAACGUGGAGAGCCUUAAGAAACAGAUUUACACCUAUUUUCACAUCUGGUAAAUUGAAAAAUAUGUUCUAUCUUAUGCAUGAAGGUGCUGAUAACUUUAUUGACCACGUGAGCAAAGAGUGUGAAAAGAAACAAGAGUUUGAAGUUCACUCCCUUCUCCAGACAUACACCAUGUCUACGAUCUCAUCAUGUGCUUUCGGAGUGAGUUAUAACAGCAUCAGCGAUAAAGUUCAGACUCUAGAAAUUGUAGACAAGAUUAUUUCAGAACCAAGUUACGCUAUAGAAUUGGAUUAUAUGUAUCCUAAAUUAUUGGCAAAACUCAAUCUUUCAAUUAUCCCGACUCCUGUACAACAUUUCUUCAAAAGUCUUGUGGACAGCAUUAUUAGCCAAAGAAAUGGCAAACCUGCAGGCCGCAACGAUUUUAUGGAUCUUAUAUUAGAGCUCCGUCAAAUGGGAGAGGUAACUAGUAACAAAUAUCUUGAUGGAGUAACAUCACUUGAAAUUACUGACGAAGUUAUAUGUGCCCAAGCUUUUGUAUUUUACGUUGCUGGAUAUGAAACCAGUGCAACCACAAUGUCCUACUUGAUAUACCAACUCUCACUUAAUCAAGACGUCCAAAACAAGUUGAUAGCUGAAGUAGAUGAAGCAAUAAAAGCUAGUGAUGGAAAAGUAACAUACGACACCGUGAAGGAAAUGAAAUACUUGAACAAAGUCUUUGACGAAACUCUUCGUAUGUACUCUAUAGUAGAACCACUGCAAAGAAAAGCUACAAGAGACUACCAAAUUCCUGGAACUGAUGUCGUCAUUGAAAAGGACACCAUGGUAUUAAUAUCUCCAAGAGGCAUUCACUAUGACCCGAAAUAUUACGACAACCCUAAACAAUUCAACCCUGAUAGAUUCGAUGUGGAGGAAGUGGGCAAGCGUCACCCGUGCGCGUACUUACCAUUCGGACUUGGACAAAGGAAUUGCAUAGGCAUGCGGUUUGGCAGACUUCAGUCUCUACUAUGCAUCACGAAGAUUUUAUCCAAGUUUAGAAUAGAGCCAUCGAAAAAUACCGACAGAAACUUGCAAGUUGAACCACGCCGAGUUAUUAUUGGACCGAAAGGAGGAAUACGUGUAAACAUUGUUCCUAGAAAGAUUGUAUCUUAAUUAUUUGCUUUUGGAUGAGACCUCUUGUUAACGACAACGGACCAUGAACUGAUUUUUUAUAAAGGGUGACGGGCCGAUGCGCAGUUUGCAAAAGUAAAACAAAGACGUAAAAAACGACGUGUUUUGAAGCAACGUUUUGUUGCAAUGGAUAUCAGCCCGUUUCGUUAACAAACGCCUACGAAAAACUACGCUACACCCCGUCGCCCGGCAUAAAAAUCGGACCGUUCGGUCGUCCGCUGCCGUCAACAAGAGGCCUGAUGGUGUUACAAGUUAUUGCUAUUUCUAUUCAAUAUUAUCGGUAGUGGAAAAAUUUUCUUCAAAUGUAUAUAUAACUUACUUAAGUAAUUAAUUAGAAGAUUUUUUGACUUACUAACUUUUAACUUAUUAGACUAAUGACUGAUUAUUAUAAUAAACAUAACAUGGCAAUUUACGGAUAGGUACUAGUCUAUUACAUUCGUAACUAUGGCACGUCGGCUUCAAUUUUUUUUUAACUAAUUUGUGUAUCAAAGAUUUAUAACUUACUACCUAUUUGGUACCUAAUAUUUUAUUCAAAAAUUAUACGAUUCACUUUUGAAUUUGAAGUAUACUAGUGUAAACAUAAGUAUUGCUACAAUUCGUUACUUAUUGUAAUAAUAAGCGGCAAGUUAUUUAGUAACCUGAAUGCCAUACUAGCUGACGUGGAAAAUAAUGCCUAAUUGCCUUUUCGUACUAUAUUUUAUUUUAUAAAAAAAAAUACUUUUAAAUAAUUAAUGUAUAUAGGGAAAUCAAUUUUGUUGUAUUUUGUAUCAAGCAUUGUUACUGUUAUUCACAUUGAAAUAAAUACUAUGAAUUGAUAAA